CUUAUUAACGGACCGCAUCAAUGAUUGCCUCGGUGAGACUUUCAGGAUCUUUGUACCCUCAUCUGCGUCUUCAUCCAAGCAAUGGCAGGCACCAUCAUCAUCACGGGUGCAAAUGGCUCACUGGGUCUCGGCUUCGUGCAAGCCGUGCCCGCUCAGUAUCCCACGCACACCUUGGUCGCAACCGUGCGAAACGCGUCGGCCGAGGCAGAUACAAACAUGAUAAGCCUCCAGAUAGUUGUCUCCAAGCACCCCGAAAGCCGCAUUCUCAUCGAAAGCCUGGACCUUGGGAGCAUCGCAAGCGUUCGCUCCUUCGCAGAUGUUAUCUCAACCAACAUUUCGGACGGUGAACGGCCCCUGAUCUCGGCUAUCGUCUGCAAUGUCUUCACCUGGUCACUCAGCGGCGAGAAGCGGACCUCAGAUGGCUACGAAGCCACCUUUCAGGUGUCUCACCUCCCCCACAUGCUGCUCGUCCUCAGCUUCUCGAACCCGCUCGCCAAGCUGAGGGCCGGCUUCCCGGGCGAUCUGGAGCAUCUCGUGCACCCGCCGCCGGACAAGCCCGACGAGGUGCAUGACAAGGGCUUCCAACGCUAUAGCACGGCCAAGAUAGCUAAUGUCGUGUUCAUGCAUAAUCUGAACAGGAGGUUGCGAGCGCGCGUCGCCGUCCGGCGGCUCAUGAGCGUCGUCAACAUCAUGAUGCCGCUGCUGAGGCACCUGACCGCGUUGUGCGAACGACGGCGGACGCCGGGAGGGAUCUGGCCGCCAUCAGCGUCGGGCCUGAGUUUUAUGGGAAAAGGGGAGGCUUGUUGGCGAUGGGCGGGGAUGUCGAGCGGGGAGACAGUGUUGUAAAUAACCGUACAUGACUGGAGCUGUUGUAGACUGCCUUCGGUGGACUUGUAGAUUUGCUUCACAUAAUGAUUUGUAUUCACCUGCUUCCUUUCCUGCCGUUUGAUGGAGAUGUAUAUGUCACCGCCGAAUUCUCUCCUGAGCUCCAGUUUCCUUGUC